AUGGAUGGAGGUAGCUUUGCCACAAGAGAAGAAAUCUGGCGAUUACAAUCAGCCAUCGACGGUCUGUCGACAACUCAGACUCAGCACGCCGAGCGCAUUAUGCGCCUGGAGAAGAGGACUGAAGAUGGUGGCAGAUCAAAGAGUCUCUGGGGACCUUCUUCUCCCUUCCCAUCUGGUUUGAGUUCUUCGCAGACAGAGUCAACCCUCAAUCCUGCUGCGGAAGCCUUCCGUAAUUUUGACAAUGAUACUCCUGGUGGCAUGAUCAGUUCCUUAACCCUCGAUACGAGUGAUGAGUCGCGAAGAGCAGCCUCUAGAGCGGCUUCGGUACGUUUCGACGAAAGCGCGAACAAUUACGCCCCUUCCAGACAAUCGAUAGACUUGCCUACACGAACAGGUAGUGGUCUAGGAGGCCAUCCACUGUCAGAAAGAUCGUUAUCACACCGCUCGGAUGGACGUGGCAGUACGGUAGGCUUCGGAAGAGCAAAUAGUUUUGGUCUUGAGAACAGCCGUCUGCUUGGAUCGAUACACAACUCCCCACGUGUUUCCGGCAAUCCGCCACCUGGUUUGUUUGCCCUUGGACCAUGUCCUGCCAUCGUUCGCUGUUGGCUGACUGAGACCUUCACCAACGAUACCUUGCUUUACGCUGCUGUUUGUACAGGUGCUGCUGUGUCUUCAAUCGGUAUACAAACUCUUCACAAUUUGGGCCUUGACAACUCGAUUAUCGAAGAGAACGGGCUACGAAAGAUAAGACUUCUUGUCUACUUGACGGAGGCUAAGAUCCAAAUACCCUCCUCGAGGUCUGCUAGCCCAUCACCUCAAGUUCCUACGGUGACUGCCAAGUUUGUCGUUGACGAGCGUCCCUCUGCAGACAAGUCGAUUCAAAUCGUUCUCGGUAGUGAUAUACUGCGGCAGCAGAGUGCUGACCUGCUCCUGUCGCAGGACAAGCUCGUCAUCUUCGACGACGAUCGCAAUCAGCUUUCGGUACCAUUGGUCAGACCAGAAGAUGACAAUGUAUACAGACAUCUCGUCACCAAAGCAAGAAGUAGGAGCGGAUCUUCAACGUCUGAAGUCGUCCCUUCUGAUCUGGUCAGUGAAAUAUCAGCGCCUGGAAUUAUUGGUCGUCCCAGCAGACUAAGCUCAGUCACGAGUCCAGCUUCACCACUGACUGAAGUUGUCAAUGGUUCGAUACCUCCAGAACCGUCUGAUACUCACCAGAUCGAAGAAGCCAGGCAGAUUCUAACAAGGUCGGUAACAGAUCUACAGAACCGCCCAAGCGAAGACUCCAAGUCAGGGACGGAGAGCGAAAGGUCGACGACGACGACUCCGUCAAAGUCUAGCUCCGGUGUCUGGUCAUCUUCUUGGCGCAGCGCUGCAGCAGGCGUACCCACGAGCCAAAAACCUGCUGAUCCUCAGAGCUCGACGGCCUUUACGCGGCAUGGCGCACCUCGACCUAUGAAAGUGCUUCGUCCCAACAAGUCAAUGGCAAAUGUGACUCGAAACGCUUCCAGUCCGUCCACACCCACGACAGCGAACGCGAUUGAUACUCAGCCUGUACAGACGGAGAGUUCGAUACAAAGUCCAACUGAGAAGGGUCCUGUGCCAACGAGGACAAACCCGAUAGGAUCAGGGAGUGCUUUCGGGUGGUUGAACUCUGGUGCGUCGAGGAGAACCACGACGAGUGGAGGACCCUGA